AUGGGUCAGGCCGCUAGCACCUGCUGCAGCGGCGGCGAGAAGCAGGCGGGAGAGUCUUUGGAGAUAAGCCAGAAGCCAAUACCAUACGACUCCGCGGAGGGGGAAUUCAAGCCAAAUCUAAGCGAAGCCAAGUACACGGAGAAGGUGUACCCAGUGGGGAAAUAUCAGGUACAGUUUUGAUUGGAUUUUCAUAUUGUCAGGAUGAGUUCAUCAUCUCGCAAGAGCAGGUGAUGGGGUUUUUGUCGCAAACUUUCGUGGGCGUUGCAAUGAAGUUUGUUCGAAAAAAUCACACUUUAUUCAGCAUGACUCUAUCAAACUAUCAGGGCCAAAUGCUGAAGGGCAAGAGGUGCGGCGAGGGCGUAUGUAACUACAACGCAGGACCAAGUUACGAGGGCCAAUGGUGGGAGGACAGAUGCCACGGCCAGGGAAAAUUUUCCGACAAAGACUCAGUCUACACAGGGUAUAAUAAAUUUGAUUAACAAGAAUCUUGACAACUUUUUGUCAUGCUGAAUCAAUACCAAUGCGAAAAUGAAUUUCAUUUUGCAUCGUCAUGUCGUUCUGCAUGACAGUCCGUCUCCUGUUGUCCUGCAUUUGUGCAAAAUGAAAAUGAAAUCUAUCAGGCAAUGGAAGCAGGGGAAGAAGCACGGCUUUGGCGAGGAGCUCUGGAAAGACGACGGCACCAAAUACGUCGGGAACCACGUAAUGGGCAAUAAGCACGGCAAGGGGAAAUACAUCUGGCAGGACGGUUCCAGCUACGAGGGGCAGUUUGAAAACGACGUCGUGCAGGGCGAGGGUGUCUUAAAGGACACCGACGGCGGGGUGUAUUCCGGGCAGUUCUUUGACAACAUGCAGCACGGCAGGGGGAAGUACGUGUUGCAGAACGUCACGUACGAGGGCCAGUGGGUGGAAACCCUGAAGCACGGGACGGGAAAGGAAACCACUACGGGGGUUAGCGUGUACGAGGGGCAGUUUAACGACGGGCUGAGACACGGUAUAAAAUCUACUAUUUCGAAGUACAGAUUUGAAGUUGAGCCGUUCUGAUGAUGCGCUACUAGUUCGAAUGUAUGAUGCAUCACGAAAGGAAACCAAUCCGAUCACUUUUCCAAUUUCUGCAUGACAAACCUAUAUCAGGUGCCGGAAAGGAGACGGAUCUGAAGACCGGGCAGACGAAGCAGGUCCGGUACGAAAAUGGUGAGAAGGCGUAG